ACCAAAAAAUAAGCUGCGUCUUUUCUCUCAUGAAACUUGCUGAGUUUCGCGUGCUACGCGAACGAACUGGAGAAAUUUGCGCUUCCCUCUCAAAGGCAUUAUCCUCUGCAUCGAAUCCCAAACAUCUUCGAGAAGUCCACUCGCUGAUAAUCACUUCAGGAAAAGAUCAAAUUGUUUUCUUCGCUGGCCAUCUGAUAAGCUAGUAUGGUCAGCUCAAAGAUCCCAUCAGUUCUCUCUCUGUCUUUAACCGUAUAUCACCCACAACUAAUGUUUACGCGAGCGAUUCAGUCAUUAGAGCUCUUACCCGCAAUGAUUUGCACUCCGAAGCCCUUGAUUUUUAUGUCAAAAUGAAAAGUAACAAACUUGAGUCUGAUACAUAUACCUUCCCUUCUGUUAUCAACGCCUGCGCCGCGAUGGCGGAUGUUGCGAUGGGAAAUGCAGUUCAUGGACAUGUUCUGAUAAUGGGUUUUGGUUCUGACUUGUAUAUUGCGGAUGCUUUGGUGGACAUGUAUGCGAGGUUUGACGAUCUGGGUAAAGCACGUAGGGUGUUUGAAGAAAUGGUUGAGAGGGAUGCUGUUUCGUGGAAUAGUUUGAUUUCGGGGUAUGCUGCAAAUGAAUAUUAUGAGGAGGCUUUGGAGAUUUAUCAUCAGGCGAGAAUGGCUGGUUUGGUGCCUGAUUCUUUCACCGUUUCCAGUGUUCUGCCAGCAUGUGGAGGAUUGGUUGCUAUUGACGAGGGUAAGGCAAUUCACGGGUUGGUGGAGAGGAUUGGGAUACGUAGAGAUGUUAUCGUGAGCAAUGGGUUGAUUUCAAUAUACUUCAAAUUCGAUAGGUUAGAAGAUGGCACAAAGGUUUUUGAUAAGAUGGUCUCUAGGGACACUGUCAGUUGGAAUACACUAAUUUGUGGGUAUUCUCAAUUAGAAUUGUUUGAGGAGUCAUUAAAGUUGUUUAUGGAGAUGGUGAAUAAAUUUAAACCAGAUAUGUUAACCAUUGCAUCUGUGAUUCUGUUCUCUGCGCUUGCGGCCACUUAAGGGACAUUGGAUCUGGAAAAUUUGUUCAUGAUUAUAUGAGAAGAUAUGGAUUUAAGUGUGAUGUUACCACCAGGGCAGAGGAAGCUAUGAAGAUAGAACUGAAAUGCUUCGUCUUAUUGUAGAUCUUGUGGAGGCAAGCAUCUAUGCUGAUAACCCAGCAUGGAG